GGGUCCAAGCCGGAGAGGCCUGGGACUGCGAGGUAGUUACAGGCCUCGGAAGGUCUUAGCUGCCCUGCAAACUCCAUGAAGCCCCACAUGGGCGAUACGGCGACUCCUCCCCACCCCAGGUAGACUCCCACCUCCACCAGAUGUCUCCUUCCCUCAGUCCAAACCUGCCUCACUUGGAGUCACCGUCUCCUCCGUCUGUCUGGCUCCCACAGUAACGGACUUGUGCUGAGAUGCCCGAGUCUCCUCUGAGUCCCUCGGCAGCCCGUCAAACUCCAGCCAGCAGCCUGCUGAGCCACACGGACGCCGGAGCGGGGGAGAAAGCGGCUAAUGGGGACUCCUGCAGCGGAGUGAGGGUGCAAAGCUGCCAGAGCCUCCUCCACAAACAGGUGUUCCUGGCCAUGAUGGCUCCUCAGCAGCUGCAGCAGCUGCUGCCGCCCGGCCAGCUGCAGCAGCUGCAGGCUCUCAUCCGCCACAAGCAGCAAGCCCUCCUGCUCCAGCAGCAACACCUGAAGGAAUUUUACCAGCAGCAGCUUCAACAGCAGAUCAGCAAGAAAGUCAAAGAGCAGCUGAUGGUCCAGCAGAACCCGGCCGCCUCUCCUCCGGGCCUCUCCUCAGGUUCAGGCUGUUUCGGACCCGCGGAGAUGCAGAGGUGGUGGAAGGAACUCAGAUCGGCUCUUUCUGACGACAGGACGGCGACGAGCGGGAACCGGAAAACGUCCGCUCGAGUUGAGCCGACCGGGGACCGGCUGUCUGCGUCUCCUCCCGGAGCGGAUCGCAGCGGUGCAGACGGGGACCAGGCUCUCGCGAGCGCCCUCUUCGGUCACGGAGUGUGUAACUGGCCCGGCUGUGAGUCCGUCUGUGAAAACGUCGCCCAGUUUGUCCAACACAUGAGCAGCGAACACACGCUGGACGACAGGAGCACCGCUCAGUGUCGAGUCCAGAUGCAGGUGGUCCAGCAGCUGGAGCUGCAGCUCCGCAAAGAGCAGGAGCGUCUGCAUGUGAUGAUGGCUCACCUGCGCCUGCCCUCGCCGCGCGGCGCUCAGUCCGACGCGGCCGCUGACCCCCAGCUCCGUCCAGCAUCGCUGGCCGGCAAAGCGUCUCUCUCUCUGAGACACCAGAGACCUCUGAGCGCCGCCGGCUCCCCGCCGCAGGGCCGCGAGGAAGACGAAGAGCCACCUCGGCCUCGGGCCGCGGGACACCGGCAUCACCCUCUGGUGUUCUCUCUGUCUUCAGAGAAUGAAUAUGAACUUUACCAGAACGCUGACAUCAGACCACCGUUUACCUACGCGGCCCUGAUCCGACAGGCUAUCACAGAAGCCUCAGACAUGCAGCUAACACUCAACGAGAUCUACAACUGGUUCACCAGGACGUUCGCGUAUUUCAGGCGGAACGCCGCCACCUGGAAGAACGCGGUCCGCCACAACCUGAGCCUGCACAAGUGCUUCGUGCGCGUGGAGAACGUGAAAGGCGCCGUGUGGACGGUGGAUGAGGAGGAAUACCACAGGAGGAGGUCUCAGAAGAUCGCAGGGAGUCCAUCACUGGUGAAAAAUGUCUGCUCCAGUCUGUCUUUGGGCACCGCUCUGCACUCCACCUUCCAGGCCGCGCUGGCAGAGGCCUCGCUGCCGGGCCUCAAGAGGGAGCGCUCGAGCCGAACCCUUCGAGGAAUCGACAAAGCGGCCGACGGCAGCGGCCGAAAACGAAACCUCUCUCCUCCGGUCCAGCAGCAACUUUACUUCGAGAGAGUGAACAGUGACGACGACGGUCAGCUGCCGACACUCAAUCCGGUCAGUCUGCAGCCUCUGAUCCACGGAAACAGCGAGGAGCUUUUGUUUGACCUCGAGUGACCUUCCACCUUUACGAUUCAGUACCGCCAGUUCAAGCUCUCAUUUAGCCUCCUGAGAUGUUGGAGAUGGUACUACUGCAGCUUGGUAGAGGUGUUUGAUUUGAAGAGGGUUUGAGAUGAAAUGCAGACACUUUGCUAAAGUGUCCGUGACCUUUGACCUUCCCCACUGUUUGCAGCCACAAUUGGAUUUCUUGCAAAAUACAAAAUUACAAACGAUUGAUCUGAUUUAAUCGUGAUUAAUCAAUUAUAGGAAUAAUCGUCAACUAAUUUAGUAAUUGAUUAAUCGUUAACUGGAGUGUACAGACUCAAAAAAAAGGGUAAUUUACCAAAAGAACAAGAUAUUCAGAGCAGUAAUUAAGCCAAAACUGGUAAAAAAAAAGAAAAGAAAACAACAUACUGUAUAUACAAUUUGCAUUUAAGAUGAAGAGGAAAAAAAGUCUUUGUCCUCAAGUUACAGUUUUAUCUUCACCUACUUCUAAUUCUGUAAAAAAACAAAAUCUAAUUAUGUAUUACUUGAGUUUUGUAAUGUAUCUCUAAUAUUGGAUAAAAAAAAAGCUUACGCGGUUAAAGAAAAAAUCUGCUGAAUAUGACGAUUUAUUUCAACCGAUUCAUCGAUUAAUCGUCAGAACAAUUGAUAGAAAAAUGUAUUUCUAAAAUAAUUGUUAGUUGUCUUAAGUCCAGCCGCCUUCCUCUCAACUCUGAUCAGCCUCCAUGUUCUCCUGCUGAUGAAAAGCAACCCCACAGCAUGAUGCUGCUGCCACUGUGCUUCACAAUGGAUGGGGAGGAUUUCUUCAGGUGUGAAGUGUUGUCUUUAGAUUCUCCUGCUGUGUCAACUAUAAGACAGAACUUUCUUUCACCAGUCAGAUUCUCGUCACUUGCACAGCUCUACCAGUUGCUCUCUCACAGAAAAUCCCAACGAAACAUUAAACUUUGUGUUUGUAUCUUGAUAAAAUGUGAAGUUCAGAGGUCGUAGAUACCUUUGCAAGGCUGUGUAACAGUACUGGAUCAAAGAAAUCUGCUCCUUUGGCAGCUGUUUUACAUGUAAUUGUAUGGAUAAUGCAAUAAUUUAAUCUUUGUGUGUCAAAACGUCUGGGUUCGGUCAGUUUGUUACAAACAUUUAACUACAUCACUUUGUCAGAGGAUCUCUGCAGGAAGAGGCCACGAUUAUGGGAUAUUAUCAUAUCGAUGGCUCAAACGGUACUCAGAUUCAGUUACACAUUUUAAGUCCUAUUUAUCCAUUUUGGCAUUACGCAACAUUUCUCCCUACCUGUAAAAAACCUGCAUUCCUCAUCCAGUUCCAGAUGUGGAAAAAAGCAAACCUGUGUAGCUCCUGAGAUAAAUCACAAUCAAGACAAAAAUGCGACAAUUGUACGUUUAAUGACUGAAAACGACGUUGAAUUUUAAAUUAAA